AUGUUACCUGAGCUUGCCUCCUUCAAAGACGCUUUGAAAUUGGAAGAAUGGAUUCAAGCUAUGAAUGAGGAACUUAUGGCCCUGGAAAAGACUGAUAUGUGGGAUAUUUGUUCCUUGCCUCCAGGAAAACAUGCUAUUGGCUGCAAAUGGGUAUAUAAACUCAAGCUUUUAUCAAAUGGAUGUUUGGAACGUUACAAAGCGAGAUUAGUUGCCAAAGGGUAUACGCAACAAGCUGGUGUUGAUUUCGUCGAUACAUUCUCACCAGUAGCCAAGAUGACCACUGUCAAGACUCUACUCGCUGUUUCCGCGGCCAAGAACUGGAGCUUGACUCAGUUGGAUAUCUCUAAUGGGACUUGGAUGAAGAAAUCUACAUGA